GUGUGCGUGUGUGAAGGCAGGAGAACCUUCAGCUGGAGAAGAGAACCCUGUCACAUCUGGGAGACUGCAGCUGAAGGUGAACUGCGGUGAUGGAUCUGGACGUGGUGAACAUGUUCGUCAUCGCUGGAGGGACUCUUGCAAUCCCCAUUUUAGCUUUCGUGGCUUCUUUUCUGUUUUGGCCUGCAGCACUUAUCAAGAUUUAUUACUGGUAUUGGAGGAGGAGACUGGGGUUGCAGGUGGAUUACGCAGAGCAUGACGGAUAUCGCUUCUGUUACACACACCGCGGGAAGCCUGGGAGUCGACCUUCAAUACUCAUGCUUCAUGGCUUUUCUGUUCACAAAGACAUGUGGCUGGGUGUGGUGAAGUUCUUUCCAACCAAUAUGCAUCUGGUGUGUGUUGACAUGCCUGGCCAUGGGGGCACUACACGCACUAGUGCGGUGGACUAUUCCAUUGAGGGCCAGGUCAGAAGGAUACAUCAGUUUGUAGAAAGUAUUCAGCUGAAUAAGAAACCUUUUCAUCUGGUGGGUGCAUCCAUGGGUGGUUGUGUAGCUGGGGUGUACGCUGCCCGCUAUCCCUCUGAUCUCUCCAGUCUCACACUGAUCUGUCCUGCUGGUCUGAAAUACACCAAGCAGAGUGAAUUCCUGAGACGUCUGAGAGACUUGGAGAACAGCAUGCAUGUCCAGAGCAUCCCUCUCAUCCCCUCAACUCCAGAAGAGAUGGAGGACAUGCUGAAACUGUGCUCUUUCGUGCGCUUUAAGAUCCCUUAUCAGAUCCUUCAGGGAUUGGUCGAAGUCCGUAUUCCGCACAACAACUUCUACCGUGAGGUGUUCAUGGAGCUGACAGGAGAAAAAUCGAGACACUGCCUACAUGAGAACAUGCAUUUUAUUUCAACACCACUUCAAGUCGUUUGGGGGAAGCAGGAUCAGGUGCUGGAUGUUUCCGGUGCGUCUGUGUUGGCUAAUACUUUGCCCGGAUGCCAGGUUGAUCUGUUGGACAACUGUGGCCAUUCUGUGGUGAUGGAGCGUCCUCGGAAAGCUGCUCAUCUCAUCAUGGACUUCAUCGCGCGUCAGCAGAAUUCAGGAAGCGGAAGCAGCAAAAAGCUCUCUUGAAACCAUGCCUCACAACAAGAUGAUGUAAUUUGUAAAUAAUCUUAAAUGUAUUUUUCUAGGGAACCCUCAGGGAUGAACCCACCAGACUUAACAUCACUCUUGUAGUAUUUAAUAUUAAUCAGAAUCAGAAACACUGCUGAUUUUACUGUGAACUGGAAAAUUAACAGGCAAUAACAUUUUAAUGAACGAUUCAGGUUUUACUCAUUUAAAUAGCCACAAAAAUUGCAAUUAUUAAUGUUUAGACAAAAUGUCCUCCAUCCUUUUAGGUAAUCAUGAAACACUGCAUGUACUUGUGUGCACCCUGUGCUGCAAUGCACUUCAUUGUAUGAAACAGCAUAACAUUUUAAUCUGUACUUCGAUGUUAAAUAAUUGCAUUUUUAUGUUGAAUAUUUUAAUGUUUUAAUUGGUAUUUCUUCUGUAUUUAAAAUCCACAUUUUUAAGCUCCUGCAAGUGCUGAAAUGCAAUAGUGUUUUAUUAUUUUCCAUGUGCGAUGCACUGCACUCAGACACAACAUUGUUCUUAAUACUUAGUAAAAGCACUGGAGCUAUAACUCUCGACCCAUUUCUAAUACAAAAAAAAAAAAAAAAUCCUAGUUAUUUAUACUGAUUUGUCAGUUUACUAGGUACCUAGAUUCAGGAACUAUUUAAACACCUACCAUAUAGAGUGUCUUGCAAAAGUAUUGAUCCCUAUUGGUGUUUGUCCUGUUUUGUUGCAUUACAAGA